AUGUCCAAGGACAUUGAUCCUGAGAAAGACAAACCCAUUGCAGGAUCUUUGUCCUAUGCUGAUGAUGAAGUUGGUGCUUGUGGUGCAACUGGGGAUGGUGAUAUCAUGACGCGUUUCCUUCCCUGCUAUCAAGUUGUGGAGAGUAUGCGACUGGGGAUGGAGCCAAAGCUUGCUGCCCAAGAUGCAAUAAAGCGAAUUGCAAGAAAAAUUCCAGAUUUCGUUGGGGCAGUUUUUGCCAUCAAUAAGAAUGGUCUGCAUGCUGGUGCUUGCCAUGGAUGGACAUUUCAAUACUCAGUGAGAAGCCCCGGAAGUGGAGGAUGUGGAGGUAUUCACUGUCUUCCCCUGAAAUAGCAACUGCCUGAAAUAGCAACUGCAUUCUGGUGGGGUUAUGUAG